AUGGUCUUCAACCGUGUCGUUCAAAUUGGGCGCGUCGUCUUCAUCGCCUCCGGAAACGACCAAGGCAAGCUCGCCACUGUUGUCAACGUCAUCGAUGGAAACAGAGUUCAAAUCGAUGGACCAUCCUCAGGAGUCGGCCGCACCGUCAGAAACUUGAAGGACCUCCACCUCACCAAGUUCGUGAUCAAGGUCCGCGUCGGACAACGAUCCAAGGGAGUCGCCGCUGCCUUCGAUGCCGCCAAGGUUACCGAGAACUUCCAGAAGACCCAAUGGGCCAAGAAGAUCGCUCAAAGAGCCAUCAGAGCUAAACUCACCGACUACGAGAGAUACAAGCUCAUGAAGGCCAAGCAAAUGAGAAACAGAAUUGUCCGAGUCGAGCUCGCCAAGCUGAAGAAGGCCCAAAAGUAA